AUGUCUGUGGACAAGAGUUGGAUACAUUUAAGGAACCGGUUGUCUGAUGAGUACUGGGAUGGUUUGUGUACUUUUAUUGAGGUUGGAAAGAAUUAUGCAAAUUCACUCGGGGGUAUUAGUUGUCCGUGUAUGAAGUGUAGAAAUCAUGAGAUGUUUCCACCCGAAACAGUGAAAGCGCACAUACAUCGAUGGGGUUUUGAUACAAGUUACACCACAUGGAUUCACCAUGAUGAAGUACAUGCUGCUGCAGUUAUCAAUGAACCUGUUGACGAGAAGAAAUCUACUACAAUGACUCAACAGCCGAUGUCCGUCAUCGAUAAUAAGGGGGACAUGCAUCGUCGUAGGGAUACUUGGGUUAAUCCCCAAGCUGAGCAAAUUUUUCAUCAGAUGAAGGGAGAAAGAGAAACGCAGAUCCAGACGCAGUCUGCCAUAGAUAAUUGGGGGGACAUGCAUCGUAGCGGGGCCUCUUAGAACACCUUGGAGGAGGAGAGACAAACGCAGAGAAUACAGUCUAUUUCAAGCUCGACUAGACCCGUCUUUAAUGAGCAUGGG